UUCAGAAAAUGAGAACUCAGUCUCAAACAUCUUAUGGCGUCAAAGGUGUAUGAAAAUGCAUGUAAAUGAAAUAGCGUUCUGUGGAGACUCUGAGUUACCAUAUGCCGUGAGAAAACUUGUGACACCGUUGGAGUUUUUUAACAAUUUUUUUUACCGAUCAACACAUCACUGUGAUUGUGUAGGAAACCAAUCGAGCAGCGCGUUCAGCAGACAUAAAUACGCGAUUCACCACUAAUACGCGCAGAUUCGAAGAUAUCUCGGCGUUCUGAUGUUUAUGUAUAUUUUUCGAUAUCUUGACAUAGAGGCACACUGAAGUGAGUUUGGAUUUAGACAUGUACCAGACGCUUUGCCUUGGAAGAAGUUUGUGGCAAUAAAGAGGCAUUUGUCGUUUGCUGAUGAGAGUAACCGUAUCAAAAAGUGUGAACCCGGAUAUGAUCCACUGUUUAGAAUAAGGCAAGUUAUUGAUACUUUGAACGAACGCUUCGAUUCCAUUCCUAAACAAGCUCGGUUAUGUGUUGAUGAACAGAUGUGUAAAACGAAGGCAGUGCACCAUCUACGGCAAUAUAUGCCAAACAAACCCAAUAAAUGGGGUAUUAAGUUGUUUGUUUUGUGUGAUAGCAAUGGAUACUCAUACCGGUUUGAGGUGUAUAAUGGUGCUGGUGAUAACACUGUUCUACCAGGAACAUCAGAUCUUGGAGCAACUAGCAAUGUCGUCAUCCGGCUAUCGCAAACAAUACCUGAUUUCGUCAACCACAUCCUAUACUUUGACAAUUUCUACUCAUCACAGCCACUUCUGGUUUAUUUGCGAGCUCGUGGUAUAUUCUCGUUAGGUACCAUUCGAGCAAACAGAAUAUCGAACUGUAAGCUACCAUCCGAUUCAGAUGCGGAGCUGAAAAAGGCAGAUAGAGGGUUCGCAGUUGAGGUCGGCUAUGCUCAAGUUAUGUAGGUGUUCAACCAUUUGCAAAAGCAAAUUCUACCAACCAGCCAUCGAAAGCGCAUCGAUACAACAGAAAGAAAGAGAGAAUACAUUGAGAUAGAUUGCCCCCAAGGAAUUCGUGGGUACAACUCUCACAUGGGCAGUGUAGAUCUAAUGAAUUCGUACAUGGGCAGAAACGGGUUGCGUAUGAAAACUAUGGAUACUAUGACGCGUAUCUUUUAUCAUCUACUGGAUAUGGCUACUACCAAUGCUUUCAUUCUGUACCGUCGUAAGAAAUCAUCAUUUACAGAGGAAGAAAGGAAAGAAAAGGAUUUGACGC